AUGUCCACCGUUUUCGAAAAGAAAGUGAGCAUUGAACAGCUGGAAUUUGAAGGUUGGGAAACGGACUUGGAUCCCGAAAGUCUCAGCCUCAUUUCCGUCCUAAAUUUUCGUCGAGGAAAAGAUGACUUCUCUUUCGAUAAGCACACCGAACAUUUAACGAUAUCCAAGUUCUUGUCAUACGUCACAACGAACACAGCAGACGAAAGGUGGAGGAAAUCUACUUCCGUUCUUAUUGAAGCUCUAAGGGCAAUGGCCUGGUUACGCAUCGGGCUAGGAAUGGGUUAUUAUAUCCGGUGGGCUUCUUCCAAAUCUGUAUGGGGUUGGGCUAUUAUGUCGAAACAACCACCUAAGUGGCCUGAUUCGGGAGAGCCUGAAUAUAUUUUUCAACUUCUGUUUCUACUCAAUCCUUACAUUUCUCUUAAGGAUCAAGCACAAACUGAAAAGGUUAAAGCGUUCUGGCUGGAGGUUGAUCUGGAAAAAUCUCAGAAAUUGUCAAAUGCGAUUCUGGAGAAGAAGAAAACUGAACUAAAGCAGAAGGACAUGGAUAUAAAACUAACAAGGGCAUUGGAACAUUCGGUGGCAGGGAACGAAGCGCACAAAUUAUUAAAUAGUCAAAGAUUAAAUUUUAUUGACAGCUUGAACAAUUCUAUAGGUCCUCUGGUUGAUUUUGUCGAUGGUGAAAAAGAUGAAAAGGAUGGUGAUCACACUGAAGUAACUAUUUAUGACGGA